CGUCUACUACGACUACGUCUGAGUGCCACGACUAUUUCCUUUAACAUGCCGUUCGAUUUACUUUGGACAUGGGACCCGCACUAUGUGGUAGCAGGGAGUCUUUUCGUGGUCAUUGCCAUCCCAUUACUCCUCCAACUCGGCGACCCUCUCUCCUCAGUACCCGGUCCAUUCUGGGCUCGGUGGUCGCCUCUGUGGAUGAUCAACCAUGCUCUCAGAGGCGACAUGCAUGGCACUAUGAUCCAACUACAUGAUAAGCAUGGCAGCUUAGUCCGCACAGGCCCGAAUGAAGUGAGCACUUCGAAUCUAGAUGCGAUUCAGUUAAUCUAUGGCCCCGCGUCGAAGUUCCACAAAAGCGACUGGUACAGUGUUUGGCAAGGUCGACGGAAAUUUGACCUCUUCCCGGAACGGGACGCAAAAGUUCAUGCUGCCCAGCGCCGGCUCGUCAAUUCCGUUUACUGUAUGAGCGGCCUAAAAGAGCCCGUGCCUUAUCUGGAUGACGUGUUGAAUGUCUAUCUCGUGCGGUUGUCACAGACUGAUACGCGAUGCAUCGACAUGAGUUACUGGGUUCAGCUGUUUGCUUUCGAUGUUAUUGGUGAACUCACAUUUUCUAAACGCUUCGGCUUCAUCGACACGGCCAGUGAUAAGGGAACGUUUGCUCAGAUUGAGCGAGCACUCCAGUCCGCUGCAUGGAUUGGCCAAGUACCGUGGGUUUACUGGGUUUACGACUGGUUAUCCCCUUGGAUUGGAAACCACUUGGGAAUCACAAACCGCCAUGGCCUGCUACGGCAAAUCGCGACUGUCAUUGGAACGAAUCCAUGGGUAAUUCACCGUAAUAAACAGAUCUUCGGUGAGGAUGCCGAUGUCUUCCGCCCCGAACGAUGGCUGGAAGGUAAUGCGAGCCGAAAGGAACGGUUCUUCUUCGCAUUCGGUGCGGGUUCGCGAACCUGUAUUGGCAAGAGUCUCGGCUUGCUAGAGAUAUCAAAGGUGAGAAAAGAACAACCACGAUAA